AUGCGAUGGGUGUACUCUUCACCGCUGUAUACGUCCUACACCGCUGCGCAGGAAUUGGCCUGUCUGAAGCACGCGCUGACCCUAGACCACUCGCUGCUCGGCUGUUCCUCACUGUCACGGAAAGUCACCAUGAACCAGCAGCUACAGGAAGAAAUGAAAAUAAAGGACCACAUCCUGCGGGAGCGUGGCGGAGCGUGCCGGCGUAGCCCAGCUGCACUGCCGCAGGUGCGGAGCACGCAGACUGCAGACAAAGCAUACCUGCCAGCCCAAGGGGGUGGGAACGGUGAGUGCGUGGGACAGGCGCCUUCUGUGGAAGUGCACAGAACGUCACAGUGGUUUCAAAGAAAUGGACCUAUGAAUAUCAAUCACUACGCAAAUAAGAAGAGCGCUGCGGAGAGCAUGUUGGACAUUGCCCUGCUGAUGGCCAAUGCGUCCCAGCUGAAAGCUGUGAUGGAGCAAGGACCUUCUUUUUCCUUCUACGUCCCACUUAUCGUUCUUAUCAGCCUGUCGCUCACACUGCAAGUUAUGGUCGGAGUGCUCCUGAUAUUCCUUGUAAAAUAUGACCUUAACAACCCUGCAAAACAUGGAAAGCUGGAUUUCCUCAACAACCUUGCAACUGGACUAGUAUUCAUUAUAGUAGUUGUGAAUAUUUUUAUUACUGCCUUUGGAGUGCAGAAGCCAGUUGCUGAGUCAGCAUCCAAACAGUAA